GACUUCAAAAACAGUAACGACUCGUUUACCGAUUAUUCAUCAAAUAUGACUUCAGUCGAGGACAUGGACUACAAUCAGUCGAUCACUGACUUUGAACUGAUCGACCGUUUCUGGCAGUCGUUUCUCAUAACAUUAUAUAGUCUGACGGCUGCCGUAUCGUUCAUCGGUAAUAUCAUUGCCAUAUGGGUGCUAAUGGCCGGCAAGCGCUCGUCCCGUGAGUUACGUAUGUUUUUGGUGAACCUGUCCCUCUCGGAUGUCAUAAUGGCUCUGUUUAGUAUACCGUUUACGUAUACCGACUUCAUAAUGGGUCGUUGGAUUUUUAUGCCACAGUUUUGUCCGAUCGUACAGUUCAUGCAAUUGACGUCCGUUUUUGUAUCGGUCUAUACAUUGACCAUCAUUGGCAUCGACAGAUAUAUAGCCAUAAUGUAUCCGUUUGGCACAAGUCGAUGGUCUAAAUCGUUAGGUCCGUACAUAGUGAGUGCCAUAUGGUUACUGGGCAUCGGUUUGGGUUCAGUUACGUGGUUUAAUUCAGUGGCCGAACCGUUUGUCGUCAACAAUGAGACCUACUAUGACUGUCGGGAGACGUGGACCGAACAGGGAAAGCGCACUUAUACUUUGAAUAUAUUUAUGAUAACGUUUGCGUUACCACUACUGGUGCUGAGCUAUGUCUACGGCGCUGUCGGCUAUAAAAUGAUCCGCCACUCGAUGCCGGGCAAUGCAGAUGCAGCUCGUGAUGAGGCACAGCAUUUGGCAAAAGUUAAAGUAAUCAAAAUGUUGUCGACAAUUGUUAUUUUAUUUGCAUUGUGUUGGCUUCCCAUACAUGUGUUAAAUUUGGUCAUAUCAUUUAAGAGCGAAUGGUUAGAAUCGUUAAACUCUAUGGAUUCCGGACCUCAACUAUAUGUAGCACUCGUUAUAUCAGCGCAUUGGCUAUCAAUGAGCAACUCGUUUGUCAAUCCAGUCAUCUAUUGUUUUAUGAGUGAUAACUUCAGAACAGAUCUCAAAUGUUUGGCGAUAUCCCGCUGUAAGGGACGGCGUAUCAAAAAGUCAGCCAAUGGUCGCAGUGACGACGGGAAAGGGAGGUCAUUGCAUAAGAUAAGGUUCCGGUCGUCGAUGGCUGCCGUCAAUGAUCAAUUGGAGGACAACCACCACAACUGUCACAACAACAACAACAGCUCCAGUCAUUUGGAAGGACAGGUAGCAAAUUGUCAACCGAUGGCAAUGGCAACAACAACACUAACUUAACGACAACUACUGCUAACUGUUAC